GGGAGCGGCUGCGGUGGGUGCGGGGCCGCGGGACGGGACCCCCGCGCUGCCCCGCCGCCGCCCAUGUGGCUGCAGCAGCGGCUGAAGGGGCUGCCGGGGCUGCUCUCCAGCAGCUGGGCGCGGCGGCUGCUGCUGCUGCUGGCGCUCCUGCUCGUCGCCUACUGGUACCUGGGGGCUGUGCGGCUGCGGGGCGCGGGGCGGGGGACCGAACCCCGCGGCCCCGCCGCACUCUGCUUGCAGGCUGCCACGGGCGCCUGGCGGGCGCAGACCGAGCGCGGCGAUGCGCUGCCACUGCCGGAGGAGGCGGCUGGGGCUGCCGGGCCGGGGCCGGGCCUGGCGCUGGCGGGCAACGGCUUCCUGCUGCUGGAUGUGGCCGCCGGCCGCCUCUGGGUGUCGGCGGCGGGACCUGGCGGCGGCUCGGCGCUCGCCACCGAGUACCCGGCGUUGGUGCGGCUAAGGGCGCUGGGCGGGCGCGGCGAGGCGCGGGCGGCGCUGGCGGCGCUGCGGGACGGUGCCGUGCGGCGGGUGCGCUGCGUCCAGACCGGUUCCGGGGCGAGCGCCGGGGACUGCGUGACGGUGCGGGAGGAGGUGGUGGCCCACCGGAGCCGGCCGCAUCUCUACCUGCAGCGCAUCCGCAUUGCCAACCCCACGGAACGAGUGGCCGCCUUCGAAGCUUCGGCCCCAGCUUCCGCGCCCGCGCUGGGUGGGCGCUUCGCCACCAGCCUGGAGAAGGUGCAGGAGCGGCAGUUCCUGCUCUCCUCCGGCCGCCUGCUGCUGGCCGGGAGCGCCAAGGUGGUGCUUGUGGUGGUGGCUGCCAAGAAGCUGGUGAGCCGCGUGCAGGUGGCGCCCAAAUCCCACUUUGACGAGACCCUGCUGUCCGUGGUGUACACCUCGGAGCCCAUCGAGGUCUCCAAGCUGGAGGAGACUUUCAGCAAGCUGAGGGAAUCUGCCAAGAAAGAGAUGCUGGACGUGAUGCAGAUGGGAGUGGAAGAUCUUUUCCAAGAGCACCAACAAACUUGGUCUGACCUGUUCAUUUCAGGAGUUGAAAUGAGAAGGAUCACAGAUUUGCAUACACCAUCCAGUGAGACUGUUAACAUGACCCUCUACUACAUGCUGUCAACCAUGCCAGCUCCUCUGCUAGAUCCGCUCAUUAGUGGUGAGGACAGAGAGAAGAUGGAAGCCAGCCUGAACUACGCUGACCACUGCUUCAGCGGCCACGCGACCAUGCACGCCGAGAACCUGUGGCCAGCAAAGCUGACCAGCGUCGCCCAGGUCCUGCAGCUCUCAGACCUGUGGAAGCUAACUCUGCAGAAGCGGGGAUGCAAGGGGCUGCUGGCCGCCGGAGUCCAUGGGCUGAUGCAGGGAAUGGUGCUCAGUUUUGGGGGCCUGCAGUUCACGGAAAACCACCUUCAGUUUCAGGCCGACCCUGACGUACUCCAUAACAGCUACUCCUUGCGUGGGAUCCAUUACCACAAGGACCUGAUCAACCUAGCUGUUCUGCUGGACGCUGGAGGAAAGCCCUUCCUGCACGUGUCUGUGAAGUCCCAAGACAAGCCGGUCAGACUCUACGCGUGCGAGGCAGGCUGCAUGAACGAGCCCCUGGAGCUGACCUCCGAGGCUCGGGGCCACACCUUCCCCGUCAUGGUGACUCAGCCCAUCACGCCGCUGCUUUAUAUCUCCACAGAUUUGAUCCACCUGCAGGACCUGAGACACACACUCCACCUAAAAGCUAUUCUAGCUCACGAGGAGCACAUGGCCAAGCAGUACCCGGGCCUGCCCUUCCUGUUCUGGUUCAGCGUGGCCUCCUUAAUCACACUGUUUCACUUGUUUCUGUUCAAACUCAUCUACAAUGAAUAUUGUGGGCCAGGAGCCAAGCCACUCUUCAGGAGUAAGGGGGACUCUGGUGGCCCACUGAACUGCCAAGGUGCUGACGGCAGGUGGGAAGUCCAUGGCAUCGUCAGCUUUGGCUCCUCUCGUGGCUGCAACUAUUACCACAAGCCUUCUGUCUUCACUCGGGUCCCUGCUUAGAACAGCUGGAUCGAGCAGGUUAUGGCAAGCAACUAAUCCCAGGAGAGCUGGAUGAUAGAUACCAAGAAGGAAACCAGUUUGAAUAAAGUCAAGAUCAUGACAAAGAGCUGGGGAAUUAUGCUUUAACAGCAUGUGUAUCAUACCUGA